AUGAGUAGCCAAGACGAAAUCCGUGCUAAGCGAUUGGCCCGUUUGGCGGCGCUCCAGCAGUCUUCCCAGCAAGAACUGAGCAGCUCCAGAACUCCUCCAGAACCUUCUACUCCAAAGGAGAAGCCCCAGCCUGUAAAGAAAGAACCGGAGGCUCCCAAACCAGCUCCAGUACAGAAAAGACCUGCCGAAGAACCUCUGACUUCUUCUGCACCUCCUAAACAGACUCCACCUGCUGAAUCUAAGUUACUGUCCCCAGAACAAGUUGAUAAAUGGCUCCGAGCAGAGAUCCCAAGAACUUUUGGCGUUGGGUUUUCAGGUAGCCCUAAGUUUUCUGAUGUGGGAUCAUCUGGUCCUCUUUCAGCUGAUUCCAUCGAGGAUGUCUUCGUGGAGAUCUUAACUGAUACGGGCACUCCAGGGUCUACGUUACCAAUCGCGUAUCUCUUUGAUGUCUAUAAGAAAGCGUUCCAGUUGAAGCGCAUUUUGCCUAAGAAAGACCAAAUCUAUGACCAGAAGUUGGCCAUAGUCAACACUAUUAUCGGCUUUUGUGCUUCCUAUGGUCUCAUUUGCUUCCAGAUCCCAGAAAUGGUACUCAACAACGAUAUAGAAAAGUCCGUUGACAUAUUCAUUGAGCGCAGCGACAUGAGCCCCUUUUUGGUGGAUAUCAUCAACAAGGCUAUUGAACUGGACUACCUCUUGGAUUUGAUGAACUUGCUUUUACCAACCAUUAGCGCCAAAUUGCAUGGCCUUAAUCUUCACAAGCCAGAGUACAGCAAGUUCCUUUCGAUUUGGGAAAACUUGGUUUCAGUUAAGCCUGUUGCCGCCAUCUUCUCUCAGGUGGAUGGCUUUCGCCCUCCAGAUUCGUCGAAGGGUCUAGAUUUUGAACAUAAAACUUUAUUAGGUUCCUUCUUGAGACUUUCUCCAUUAGCUGGCGAAGUUGCAACAUUCUACUUUGCCGGAGGUGCCAAGUCGGACGCCCAGCUCGAACUUUCAUCAUCUCAGUUGAUGCCUCUCUUUUCAUCGGCUCAAAACGAGAUGAAAGUCGUGUUUGAUAGAAUUUGGUUUAUUGUGGAUAAACUCAUUCGUGGUUCUCCUCAAACCAGACAGGAUAUGAUGAAAUGGUUUGCAGACUUGGUUAAUGUUUCCCAUUUGAGAACAGGUUCUCAUGCCAAGGCGUCUAAGUUGCCCAGUGACGGAUUCAUGUUUAACAUUUCAUACCUUUUGAUUCGUCUCAGUAUGCCCUUCUUAGACUACCCUAUGUUUACCAAGAUCAACAAGAUUGACCCAGACUAUUUCGGACCAAAGAACAAGUUGUUGGAUGUCAAAGAGGAUGCAAGAAUGUACUCUUCGAGCUCUGAAGCGGACGAGUACUAUAGCAACUCAAUGGAUGAGGACACAAAUUUCAUCUCGGACUGUUUCUACUUGUCUUUAACAUACAUGGAAUACGGUAUUGGCGGUAUGAUUACGCAACACGGAAGAUUAAAGAGUGAAUUAAAGAGGUCUACUGAGAUGAUUUCUCGUAUGCAACGUGAUCCAGCGGCUAGAGGAAUGUUACCUCGUAUCACAGAGUUCUUGAACACUUCCCGUUGCAGGCUCUACGCCAUUGAUGCCGUUUCCCUCGACCAAAAUGUCAAUCUGGAAAUCUUUGACUUUGUGAUCGGUGCUUCCCAAUUCAUGGUGCGUACCAUCGACCCCCAGCAUAAGCAUCCAUUCCCAAAACUCGAAGUCCCCAUCUUCCAAAUUGAAAAAGUCAGUCAAUUGGAUGACCAUGACUUCUUGAAAACCAAAACACCUGUGCCAUGGAAAUUCUUCCCAGAAUACAUGUUGCUGGGCUUGAUCAACUACUGCAAGUUUAUCAGUCGGUACGGUGUCAACGCAUUGAUGAAUAAUGAAGAGAAACUUUCAGUCUUCGUUGAGUUCGCUACCAUCUUGUUGAGAUGUCCUGAACUUAUCGGAAACCCACAUAUGAAGGGAAGCAUCGUGGAGAUUUUCUUCGGCGGCUGUCUCCCAAUGAGAAAUGGUUCUCCCGGAUACAUGGCAAACAUUUUCAACACCAAUAAGUUGGUCUUGAACAACCUCCUUUACUCGCUUUUGGAUAUCUACGUGAUGAUCGAGAAGACUGGUGCUUCCUCGCAAUUCUACGACAAGUUCAACAGCAGAUUCUACAUCUCGAUGAUUAUUGAAGAGUUAUGGCACAAUGAUCAUUACAGAAACCAGUUGACGGAUUACCUGAGACAUAACGUUGAGUUUUUCAUUCGAUUCAUUGCUCGUAUGUUGAACGAUACCACCUUCUUGAUUGACGAGGCCUUCAACUCGCUUAAUUCUAUCCACAACUUGCAAGUUGAAUUCAACGCUAGAGAAGCUGGUAGCGAGGGUAACACCGACGAGUUUGGUACCACCGAGGAGCUUGAGUCUAACUUGCUGACUGAAGAGUCCAAAGCCAAGUCAUACAUGGGAUUGGCAAAUCAGACUAUGAAGUUGUUCAAGUUGUUCACAAAACAAGUCCCUGAGGGUUUCACAAUUGGUGAACUUGUGGACCGUCUUGCAGGUAUGAUGGAUUACAACUUGGCUCUUUUGGUUGGUCCUAAGUGUUCGACUUUGAAGGUGAAGGAGCCAGAGAAGUAUGAUUUCGAUCCUAAGAAGACCCUUGGUGAUAUUUGUGAAGUGUAUGCCAACUUAAGUGGAGAGAGUAAGUUCAAGCAAGCUGUUGCCAAGGAUGGCAGAUCGUUUGACGUCAAGUACUUUGAAAAAGCCAAGAGGAUUUUGACUACAAAAACCACUCUCGACGAUGGCUUAAUCAAGGACUUCUACCUGUUUGGUCUCGCAGCCGACCAAGAGCGUGUUGCCUUUGAACAAGAAGAAUUGGAGAUGGGUGAAGUGCCUGAUGAGUUGUUGGAUCCAUUGAUGUUUACUUUGAUGGAAGAUCCUGUCAUCUUGCCAGGUUCAAGAAUUACAAUCGACAGAUCCACUGUCAAGGCACAUUUGUUGAGUGACCCUACAGACCCCUUCAACAGAAUGCCAUUGAAGCUUGAAGAUGUCAUUGAUGACGUUGAAAUGAAGGAGAAGGUGACCCAGUUCAAGCAAAGUAAGAGAAAAACCGGGGCAUAA